CUGUUGAUUAUAUUUCACUCCCACUUUGUCACUCUCUCCCUGUCUCUCUCUCUCUCUCAAAGUGUCUCACAUAAUUUGUGAAUAUGAUAGAGUAACAAUUUAUCUAAUUGUUUGAAACUCUUAAUGAUUGUUGGUGUGAAUAUAAAACUUAUUAGUUAAAUUGUGUGACAGAAUAUUAGUUUUGACAAAUAGAUUGAAGAAAUCACAUCAAUCGUUAUUACCAUUGGUCAUCGAAAGUUUUGAUUGUCCAGUUAAAGUUAAUCAUCAAUCAAUUGAUUGAUUGUGUAAAUCCAAUGGUCUUCCAGUGAGAAAAAUUAUUUGGAUAAUUGUUCGUCAUCAUCUUUGAGGUAUCAUCAUGGAUUACAUGGUGUUCUUGUCGCUUUUAUUUUCUAUCAUCAUCUCAUCUUCAUCGUGCUAUUCAACGGCAACAACUACAAUUAAAUCAAUUCCAUUGAAACCAGUGACAACUCCAGCGACCAUAAUGAAGACAUUAACGACUACAGGUAAAUCGGUGAAAGAGAAAACCUCGAAAUCAUCAAAUAUCUUUGAUAUUAUAUCGUCAACAACAACACCAUUGCCAAGACAAUCAGUUGAUUCAUUUAGAGAUGGAAAUUCAUCGAAAUCGAUCAACAAUCAAUCGCGAAAAUUUACCAAACAAUCAAAUGAAACAAAGGAAAUUCUAUCUGGUCAAGAACAAGCCCAAAGUCCAUUCAUCAGGGGAAGAGGUCGACCCAACGGAUUCCAACCGACACUUGGACCUAAUGUGACACCAAAUUACAAUCCAAAUUAUGGUGUUCCAUUCAAUUCUUUUCUCCCUCAGGGAAUACCCUUCGGUGGAUCUCCUUCUGGUUCACCCAAUGGAUUGAAUAAUAAUCUCAGGCCUGGAGGUGGUUACGGAAUUGGUGGACCUCAAGGUCAACUUGGUAACAAUCAACAAGGACAAGGACAAUUGUCAAGUCCAUUGGAUUUACUGUCCGGUUUCAUUCCUACCCCUGGACCUGGAGGGUCACCAUACACAGGAACACCAACUCCAUUCGGUCAACCGGUUACCGGUUAUCCUGGUUAUCCAAAUUAUCCUGGUGUUAACCCAAAUUAUGGACCAGUGAAUACUCCUGGAUUAGCAAAUGGAUUAAAUAAUCUUAAUGGACAGAAUAUUGGAUUUGGAGCGAGAAGAGGGGGUGGUAACAAUGUUAAUGGUUAUAAUCAAUUGGGUGGUGGGAUUGGAUCACCGGAUGUUGCAGGAUUGGGUAUAAAUCCAGGGUAUAAUGAUGGUCAAGGUGGUGGAUUAGGUGGAGGUGGAGGAGGAGGAGAGGGUCCUGUUGGUGGUGAGAGUGGUGAAGAUGAAGGUGUCAAUGAUAAUGGUUCUAAUGAGGAAACAAAUGAUGGUACUGGUGAGGGUGAUGGCGAAGGGGCUUCUGGUAAUAAUGAGAAUGGUCAAGAUGAAUCAGUUCAACCCGAUUAUGGUGGAACAGGUAAUGAAGGUGGUGAUACUGGCGCUGAAGAUGGAACCGCUGAUAAUGGAGCUGGAAACGGAGGUGAGAGUGGUGGUGAUCCUGCUAAUGAUCCCGAUUUAGCUUCUUUUCAAAAUUUUCAAAACUCUAAUUUUCCCGGUGAUUUAUUUCCACCAGGUAUUUUAAGUCAACAAGAUUUGAAUGAUAUUCAAAAGUCAAUUGAAGAGCAGCAGAAAAAGGAAGCGGAAAAAAACAAGAAACAAGAAGAAUCUUCAGCUCAACCUGAUUACGAUUAUGAUAACAAUUCUGGUGGAAAUGCUGAUGAAGAUCAACCAUCAACUGAGACUCCGGUAAAUAAGAAUUUACAAAAGUACAACAACAAUCAACCAGUGGUUCCAAACUAUCAAAACAACCGUUACAAUCAACAACAACAACAACCAGUAACAAGUAACGGUAAUCGUGGUGCUUAUGCUAAUAAUAAUCGUCGAUUACCUCAAGUUAACAAAUAUAACAACAACAACAAUCAACGUAAACAAAUUGAUCAACAAUAUGUUAAUAAUAACCAACGUAAACCAAAUCGUUACGAUCAACCGACUAGAAAUAAUCAAGAAAAUCAAUUUGACGAUAACAUUGGUUACAAUGCAAAUAAUAAUGUCGGUGAUACUGGUGGAAAAGAUUACGAUUAUAAUGAUAAUGGUUCGGGUGAAAGUGGCCUGAAUCAGAAUCAAGAUUCUCGGCGUCUUCGUGGGGAUUCACCACCAUCGCCUACUCCUCGAUAUAAUCGCUAUCGAAAUGGUGCAUAUUCAUCUCCAGAUGAAUCAACUGAUUAUGAUUCUAAUGGUGAACAACCUUCUCGAUAUUCUAAAGGACAAACAACACCUUCGUAUCCACGAGGUUCUAAUUUAAAUCGAUUCAAUGAUCAGUCAGGUCGAUAUCGACCAGGAUCAUUUGGACGUUCAGGUUAUCGAGGUGAAGAUUUAAAAGAUUUCGGUGGACAUUCAGCUAAUUCUGAUCGUCAGAAUGAUGUUGAACCGGGUGUUGAUUAUACACCAGAUCCAAUUUAUGACUCGAAGCAAAAUACUAGAAAACAAGAUAAUCACCAUCGAUCUCAUAACAAUCAUAAUAAUCGGCAAAUUGCUGGACAAAUGAACAAUCUAAAUAAUAGGAAUCGUUUCAAUGGAGUGAAACCUUCCGUUGAUUAUGAUGGAGAGACUCGUAAUUAUCAAGGAUCAACAAGGAGACCUAGAUUAGUAUCAAAUCAAUACGAUUUACCAUUACAAUCAACAAUUAAUAACAAUAAUAAUCAUAGAUCAUCAUCAACAUUAGGAUAUAUUGAUAAUCCAUUGAUUUCAAAUCGUAAGAAAAAAGCAAAUCAAUUUAAAGGAUAUGAUUCAAGUGAAGUUGAUUAUAUCGGAGGAAAAGAGGAUGACAACAAUCAAGCAAUUAAAUCAAUGGGUAACAUGAGAAAUCACAAUCAAGGAAAUUAUGUCAAUUUAUCACAAUCAGAUUAUAAUCAAGAUGGAAAUGAUUCUUCAAGUGAUUCUAAUGAUUCUAAUUAUCAUGAAACACCUCGAUUCGUUGCUUCUGAGAAAAAGGAAGCCAAAAGUUCAUCAACAAUUAACAAGAAACAAAAUGACCCCUUUUUGAGAGGAUAAUCUUAAUUAUCUUGUUAAUCAUAUUGUAAUUAGCAUCAUACUUUUAAUAUUUACCUUGUAUCAUCAUUUAAUAUUUCAUCAUAUUGUUCAGUGCACAAAAUAUAACAAAACCAUAACAUUAACUUAA